GUACAUUUAGACUCUUGUAGUAAACAAGACAGCCGGUAGGUGCCGCCAAUGAGCUAUUUUAUGCAGGUUUCUUCCCCGUGUUCUCCGUUAAAAUGGCAAGAUGUCGCCCACUCGUUGCCAUAAAUAAAGUGACUGGAGGAGACACACACAAACACUCCUGUCAGCCUGGAGUCGCGCAUGCGCUAAGCCGUCGACUCGGCGCGUCUGGUGUGCCCGCGCGGCGGUGCGCCCAGUGCGCGUCCACCAGUGGGAGAGUCAGUUCCGCUACCAUGGUCUUCUCUCCCGGCCAGCGCGCCCACAGAGCUGCAGCACCCCAGCCACGGCAGCAUGCCGGGCGGCAAGAGAGGCCUGGUGGCGCCGCAGAACACUUUCCUGGAGAACAUCGUCCGGAGGUCCACUGAGACCAGCUUUCUGCUGGGCAACGCUCAGAUUGUGGAGUGGCCCGUCGUCUACAGCAAUGACGGAUUCUGCAAAUUGUCUGGAUUUCACCGAGCCGAUGUCAUGCAGAAGAGCAGCACCUGCAGUUUUAUGUACGGAGAACUGACGGACAAGAAGACCACCGACAAAGUGCGGCAGACCUUCGACAACUAUGAGUCCAACUGCUUCGAGAUCCUCCUGUACAGGAAAAACCGAAGUCCGGUGUGGUUCUACAUGCAAGUGGCUCCCAUCAGGAACGAGAACGACAAGGUGGUCCUGUUCCUGUGCACUUUCAAGGACAUCACGCUCUUCAAGCAGCCCAUCGAGGACGAAACCACCAAAGGUUGGACCAAGUUUGCGCGGCUGACCCGGGCGCUGACCCAAAACCGCCCCGCGCUGCAACAGCUCGCGCCCAUCAGCAAGCAUGAAGUCAGCCAUAAGCAGUCCAGACUGGCCGAGGUCCUGCAGCUCAACUCGGACAUCCUCCCUCAGUACAAGCAGGAGGCCCCCAAGACGCCGCCCCACAUCAUCCUGCACUACUGCACCUUCAAGACCACGUGGGACUGGGUCAUCCUCAUCCUCACCUUCUACACGGCCAUCAUGGUGCCCUACAACGUCUCCUUCAAGACCAAGCAGAACAACAUCGCCUGGCUGGUGCUGGACAGCGUGGUGGACGUCAUCUUCCUGGUGGACAUCGUCCUCAACUUCCACACCACUUUCGUGGGGCCCGGCGGCGAGGUCAUCUCCGACCCCAAGCUGAUCCGCAUGAACUACCUGAAGACCUGGUUUGUCAUCGACCUGCUGUCCUGCCUCCCCUAUGACAUCAUCAACGCCUUCGAGAACGUCGACGAGGGUAUCAGCAGCCUGUUCAGCUCUCUGAAGGUGGUCCGUUUGUUGCGUUUGGGCCGGGUGGCCAGGAAACUGGACCACUACCUGGAGUACGGAGCUGCUGUUCUAGUUCUCCUGGUCUGCGUCUUUGGACUGGUGGCCCACUGGCUAGCCUGCAUCUGGUACAGCAUCGGAGACUACGAGGUCAUCGACGAGGCCACCAACACCAUUAAGAUGGACAGCUGGCUGUACCAGCUGGCCAUCAACAUCGGGUCGCCGUACCGCUACAACGCCAGCGGUUCUGGCCAAUGGGAGGGCGGUCCCGGCAAGGAUUCUCUGUACAUCACCUCGCUUUACUUCACCAUGACCAGCUUGACCACCAUCGGCUUCGGGAACAUCGCUCCCACCACAGAUGGGGAGAAGAUCUUCUCGGUGGCUAUGAUGAUGGUGGGAUCUCUGCUCUACGCCACCAUCUUCGGCAACGUGACCACCAUCUUCCAGCAGAUGUACGCCAACACCAACCGCUACCACGAGAUGCUCAACAACGUGCGCGACUUCCUCAAGCUCUACCAGGUGCCCAAGGGCCUGAGCGAGCGCGUCAUGGACUACAUCGUCUCCACGUGGUCCAUGUCCAAAGGCAUCGACACGGAAAAGGUGCUCUCCAUCUGUCCCAAGGACAUGCGGGCUGACAUCUGUGUCCACCUCAACCGCAAGGUGUUCAACGAGCACCCGGCGUUCCGGCUGGCGAGCGACGGCUGCCUGCGCUCCCUGGCGGUGGAGUUCCAGACCACGCACUGUGCCCCGGGCGACCUCAUCUUCCACGCCGGCGAGAGCGUGGACACUCUGUGUUUCGUGGUGUCCGGGUCGCUGGAGGUCAUCCAAGACGACGAGGUCAUCGCCAUCUUAGGCAAAGGCGACGUGUUCGGCGACGUCUUCUGGAAGGAAACCACGCUGGCUCACGCCUGCGCCAACGUGCGGGCGCUGACGUACUGCGACCUGCACGUCAUCAAGAGGGAGGCGCUGCUCAAGGUGUUGGACUUCUACACGGCCUUCGCCAACUCCUUCUCCAGGAACCUCAUCCUCACCUGCAACCUGCGCAAGAGGAUCAUCUUCCGAAAGAUCAGCGAGGUGAAAAAGGAGGAGGAGGAGCGCCAGCGAGCCAAGAACGAGGUGCAGCUCACCAUCCCUCAGGAUCAUCCCGUCCGCAAGCUCUUCCAGAAGUUCAAACAGCAGAAGGAGCUGCGGAUCCAGGGCGGCGGCGCCUCCUCGCAGUCGGACGUGGACAAGAACCAGCACCUGCACGCUCACGGCCUGCAGCUGGGCCACUCCAGCCUGCAGCGAGCGCACCUGCAAAACGGAGCUCCGCCCAGCAGCAGCGUGCUCACCGUGUCUCAGGUGGUCUACAGCGAGACCCCUGCCAAACAGAACGACGCGCUGGACCUGCGAGCUGCUGAGCAGAGCGUCAGCUUAAGGGUGUGCACCAGUCCCCCGCCCGCGCACACGACGCUCAGGACCAGCGGCUGGAUGCGUCUGAAAAGCAACAUGGCGCCCCCUGAGGCCCGCCAUCUUGACGGGCUGAACAACAAGGCUGUUUCCGUGGAGAUGCUCUCCCAGGACGUCAAGGUUCAGGAGAGAGGGCAGGGUGGUGAUAUUGAGGAAGGGGGCCUGUCCGGCGGCAACCCGCUACGUAAGACAGACUCAUGCGACAGCGGCAUCACCAAAAGCGAGCUGCGCAUCGACCGGGCCGGAGAGGCGCGUACCCCCGCAGCCACCACCCCCUUCCUGCACAGUCCGCCCUCUGCGACAUCUCCUCACCCCUUCUGCCCCAUCCCCGAGCAAGCCCUGCAGGCGGCGUUGCACGAGACUCGGCUGGAGCUCCGGGAGGACAUCCACAGUGUGUGCGGCCGCCUGGGGGCGUUGGAGGGUCAGGUGGCCGAGAUCAUCACACUUCUCUCGGACAAGCGGCGGUCGUCUAUGGCGCCGCCCAUCGCCCCGGCCCCCACCCCCAAGACCAAAAUACAGCGGCAGGACAUUUUUACGGUUUCCAGGCCCGUCUCGCCUGACUCUGCAGACAGCUGAGCCAGUGAUGGGACAGAGCCAGAACCUCUUGCGUCCUGGGUCUACUCACGUCGCUGCUCCAAACGUUAGCAUUUGCACACUGAUUGUACAUACCCGUCUUUGCACGUCCAGCUGGGUUCUGGCCACACACACUCAGUGCAUGCAGAGGAACAUCUUUUUGUCCAUGCGGACAUUCAGGGUCUAGUAGCACCACCGAGACUGAAGGAGCAUGUCCAAAGUCUGGUUUCCUCUCUUUGCCUGCGAUGUGAAACACUCCCAACAGGCAACUGAAAGAUUGAAGUCUCUUUUGUACAUUGAUUAAUAACCCUCUCUAUUUUUGAUGUCCACUCCUCAAAGCUCGUUCGGUUCGUGUCCGCUCACACCGAGCAGCGAAAGAAUCUAGCAACCUAGUUUGGACUUCACACACCUGAUAGCUAGUACGUUAUUUUUAUAUACAGUUCUAGAGUUGAACACUGCAUUAAGUACAAGUCAUUGAAGUAUCCUUCGCUGCUCUUUAGUGGGCUGUCAUUGAUCUCAGAGCUUUGAUUAGGAGCACCUCAAGGCUCCGGUUUAGAGCCCCUUUUGUAGUUCUUCUAUUUGAUAUAUAUAUAUUUAUAGCUUACGUGCACGCUCUAUGAGAUUAAAUGUUUGGCUUACCUUCAUCCAUCCAUAAUUAUUCCUCCGCUUAUCCAAAGCCGGGUCGUGGAGGCAGAAAAGCCCAGACUUCCCUCUCCCCAGCCACUUCGUCCAGCUCUUCCCGGGGGAUCCCGAGGCGUUCCCAGGCCAGCCGUUUCCUAGGUCUUCCCCGUGGCCUCCUUCCGAUCAGACGCCCCCUAAGCACCUCCCCAAGGAGGCGUCCGGUGGGCAUUCUGACCAGAUGCCCGAACCACCUCAUCUGGCUCCUCUCUGGAGCAGCUACUUUGAGCCCCUCCCGAAUGACAGAGCUUCUCACCUUAUCUUUAAGGGAGAGCCCCGACGUUUUGGCCGCUUGUACCCGUGGUCUUGUCCUUUCGGUCAUAACCCAAAACUUAUGACCAUAGCUGAGGAUAGGGACGUAGAUCGACCGGUAAAUUGAGAGCUUUCUCUUCCGGUCCAGCUCCUUCCUCACCACGACGGAUCGAGGCAGGGUCCGCAUUACUGAAGACGCCGCACCGAUCCACUCUUCUCUCACUCGUGAACAAAA